AUGUCGGGCCUCCCCCCUCGGCCAGCCUUCCCAGUCGCCCGGGAAACCAAGAUGGCGGCACCAAGGCGCCGUUUCGGGAGAGGGAGACACCGCCACGGCUGCCCACCUGGAUCUCCUUUCCCCCCGUCCUCCUCGACGCCACCCCUCUGCGUGCCCCUCCGCCUGUGCGACCCACGGGAGGCAGGACCCAGCGGAAGCCUGGCGCGUCUGGCGGGAGGCUGGUUUGCGCCGGCUGCUUUCCCCGCCCGCCUCUCUGCUGCUGCUCGGUCGCCUCCUGCAGCAGCGCCAGCGAGCCCGGCCUCCUCUCUCUCUCUCUCUCUGCAAGGCCCGCCUGCCUCUUGCCAGAGGUCAGGAGCCCUCCUGGGGCUUGCCCUGCGAGCCUCUCCCGGGCGCCCCGGGAGGGGUUGGCACCAGGGGCCGGCCUCGUCCCGAGCCUCUUUCUCCGUCAGGGAGCCCGGCCUCCUCUCUCUGCAAGGCCCGCUUGCCUCUUGCCAGAGGUCAGGAGCCCUCUUGGGGCUUGCCGUGCGAGUCUCUCCCGGGCGCCCCGGGAGGGGCUGGCACCAGGGUCCGGCCUCGUCCCGAGCCUCUUUCUCCGUCAGGGAGCCCGGCCUCCCCUCUCUCUCUGCAAGGCCCGCUUGCCUCUUGCCAGAGGUCAGGAGCCCUCCCGGGGCUCGCCCUGCGAGCCUCUCCCGGGCGCCCCGGGAGGGGUUGGCACCAGGGGCCGGCCUCGUCCCGAGCCUCUUUCUCCGUCAGGGAGCCCGGCCUCCCCUCUCUCUCUCUCUCUGCAAGGCCCGCUUGCUUCUUGCCAGAGGUCAGGAGCCCUCCUGGGGCUCGCCCUGCGAGCUUCCCCCGGGCGCCCCGGGAGGGGUUGGCACCAGGGGCCGGCCUCGUCCCGAGCCUCUUUCUCCGUCAGGGAGCCCGGCCUCCCCUCUCUCUCUCUCUCUGCAAGGCCCGCUUGCCUCUUGCCAGAGGUCAGGAGCCCUCCUGGGGCUCGCCCUGCGAGCCUCUCCCGGGCGCCCCGGGAGGGGUUGGCAGCAGGGGCCGGCCUCGUCCCGAGCCUCUUUCUCCGUCAGGGAGCCCGGCCUCCUCUCUCUGCAAGGCCCGCUUGCCUCUUGCCAGAGGUCAGGAGCCCUCCUGGGGCUUGCCCUGCGAGCCUCUCCCGGGCGCCCCGGGAGGGGUUGGCACCAGGGUCCGGCCUCGUCCCGAGCCUCUUUCUCCGUCAGGGAGCCCGGCCUCCCCUCUCUCUGCAAGGCCCGCUUGCCUCUUGCCAGAGGUCAGGAGCCCUCCUGGGGCUCGCCCUGCGAGCCUCUCCCGGGCGCCCCGGGAGGGGUUGGCACCAGGGGCCGGCCUCGUCCCGAGCCUCUUUCUCCGUCAGGGAGCCCGGCCUCCUCUCUCUGCAAGGCCCGCUUGCCUCUUGCCAGAGGUCAGGAGCCCUCCUGGGGCUUGCCCUGCGAGCCUCUCCCGGGCGCCCCGGGAGGGGUUGGCACCAGGGUCCGGCCUCCUCCCGAGCCUCUUUCUCCGUCCCUGCUGCGCCCCGCGGCGCCCGUCUCCCCUCCUCCUCGCCUUCCCUUCGCCUCGGCCUCUCUCCCGCCCGCGGCGGGAGGGCGCGUGCUCGCUUGCCCCCCGGGAGUUGGCGACUCCCCGCCUCGGGGGCGGUGCUUCCCGGGGAGGGGGCGGGGCGGAGCAGGCAGGCGGAGCCAAUCGCCGCCGGAGGCAGCCCUGACGGACGGGCGGCCGGCUCCUCCUCCUGAGCGGGCACCUGUUCCUUCCCCCGGGCGGGCGGUGACUCACCUGGACGGCGCCGGCUGGCUGGGGAAGACGACACGACGCGCAAGACGGCUCCUUGGCGGCCGCCCAAAGCCACGCAGCGCUCGCCGGCCGGCUGGCCUGCGGGGCGGGCCGGCCAUGUCCUCCCCCCGGGACAGCGUGCAGGUCCCCGAUGACCGGGAUUUCGGCGUUUUCCGGACGGAGUGUCUCGCCGAGGACGGCUGGACCCUGACCUACAACAAGUCCGGCCUGGUGGUGUGGGUGCAGAUGCUGGAGGCCGAGAGGUCCCUGCACAAGAUCAAG